AUGGCUGAAAAGACUCAGAAGUUCUUAGCUGAUUAUGGAAUCAAGUUUCUGCAUUCUAGUCCUUAUUAUGCUCAAUCGAAUGGCCAGGCAGAAGCUAGCAACCAGUUCAUUAUGUCUAUACUCAAACGAAUGUUGGAUGUAAAUCCGCGAUCUUGGCAUACAGAGUUGGAUCACACGUUAUUGGCUUAUAGAACUUCCAAACGAACUCCAACUGGUACUACACCUUAUGCCUUGAUGUAUAAACAUGAUGCAAUACUUCCUAUUGAGAUUAAUGUUCAGUCGCUGAGGGUUCGCGAGCAGCACCAGUUGAUUGGCGAGGACUAUGUCCAAGCUAUCCUUAUUGCAGAAAAGAAGAAGAUAGCAUGGCUAUAUGACAAACGCACUAGAGGACGCAGCUUUGGAGUUGGGGACUUAGUUUGGAAAGCUUGUUUGCCUUACGGUGAGCGAGUUGAUGGUCGUGGUAAAUGGUCUGCUAAAAGGGAAGGUCCUUUUGUGAUUGAUCGAGUAAUGGGUAAAGGAGCUUAUUACCUUCGCGAUACUGAUGGGAAUGUUCGCAUAAAUCUUAUGAAUGGUCGCCAUCUUAAGAAGUACUUUCCUAGUGUUUGGGAGUAUGAAGAUCCAUCGGCAGCGGUGCAGGCAGUGUAA